GAUCCGGCCCCCGGGCCUUCCAUCAAAAAAACGUGAUCUUUUUGAUGGAAGAAUUAAAUUUGACUAAAAGUGAGGAGACAUCGUGUUUUCUAGAAGACAAUGUGUGAUUCGAGGUCUAGUUUUCCUGAAGAACUUGAGUUCUAUAAACAUAACCCGAUCUCUCUUGGAGCUCCUCGUGAUCUUUGGUCAGGAUCAGGAUCUUGGGUCAGGUGAUCUCCCACAGGUGUUUACCUGGAGCCUCCCGGACACACAGGUGUGACCGUCGGGCUCCCCGCGGGAUUCCUGCAGCUCAAGCGGCCGUUUCUGAGUCAACACGCCGAGUGAGCGGCGCGGCACGCCCCGGGUCAGGUGGAGCAUAUAGCGGACCCGUUAGCCCCGCCGGCCCGUCCGUCCGUCCGUCCUCGCGGAGGUUCUGCUGACAGGAGCGCGCGCGGGUCCGGAGAUGAGAGGAGAGAAAGUCUUUCAGGCGUUAUGAUAGCGGGGAGAGCUGAACGAGAGCUGUGAGGUCGGUGCUGUGAUCUAACAUGGACGUGAAGAAGGAUGAGGGCGGGGCCUCGUGGUCGCCUGCUGGAGCCCCUCCCACUUCACCCAGCAGUGGCUCCUACAAGAGCGUCUUCGUGGCCUGCGUCAUCUUCUUCCUUCUUAUCGGCGUGGUUGUCGGCUUUGUUAUAGCGUACCUCCUGCAGGAGCCGCAGAACUUCAUUGAGACGGUCGAACUCAAGGGUUUGGAGUACACGAAUGAUCUGCAGGAGGAGAACUCGGCGUUCUCCAUCAUCCUGUCCUCAUCUCUAAAGUCAAAGAUUAAAAACAUCUUCAUUGCCUCAUCAAUAUCAAAUAACUACGAGGACUGCAGCAUUAUCGCCUAUGGCAACACAAACGGUGACGUCAUAGCGACCGUCAGACUCGUCUUCAUGGUGUCCAGAAUCCAGCAGUUUUCAGAAAACUUUAUCCGGGACCUGCUGAGGGCGGGGCUCAGCUCCGUCAUGCAGGGGAAACCUCUGGAGGUGCCGGGGUUCGGGGCGAUCAGCGCCAUCUUUUUGUUAGGAGCCAGAGGGAAGUCCUUUUAUGUCGUCGGGGACGCAAAGAUGGCCAGUUGUCCUGCCAACGCCUUCACCUGUGACGAUGGAGAAUGUGUCACUAAAAUGAACCCCGAGUGUGACUUCACUCCAGAUUGUGCAGAUAAAUCUGAUGAAGCUCACUGUGCGUGCGGUUCUCGGCCGGCUGUGCAGAGUCGGAUUGUGGGCGGAGUUGACGCUCACCAGGGCGAGCUUCCGUGGCAGGUCAGUCUGAGGUUCCACGGACUUCACACCUGUGGAGCCUCCAUCAUCAGCGACCGCUGGCUGGUCAGCGCAGCGCACUGCUUUGAGAAAGAAAAUGACCCCAAAGAGUGGACAGCUCUGGUUGGAGCCAGCCAGACAAAAGGUGAUGAGGUCGGCUCCAAAGUAAUGAACAUCAAGUCCAUAGUUGUCUCUCCGGCGUACGACCCUGCGACCACCAACAACGACGUGUCCGUGCUGGAGCUGGAGAGCCCCCUCACCUUCGGCCCCUUCAUCCAACCCAUCUGCAUUCCCGCCACGUCGCACGUCUUCCCGCCCAGUCAGAACUGCAUCGUGUCCGGCUGGGGCGCCUUAAACGAGUUCAGCUUCUCAUUGCCGUCCACGCUGCAGAAAGCUAUCGUGAAAAUCAUUGACACCAAGGAGUGCAACAGAUCCUCCGCGUACAACGGAGCCGUGAGCGACCUCAUGAUGUGUGCUGGGUUCCUGCAGGGGAAGGUGGACUCCUGUCAGGGUGACUCCGGAGGGCCGUUGGUGUGUGAGGGCGCCCCGGGGAAGUUCUUCUUGGCUGGCGUGGUGAGCUGGGGCGUGGGUUGUGCCCAGAUCAACCGGCCUGGGGUUUAUUCCCGCAUCACCAAACUGCGGAACUGGAUUCUAAAGCACACAGACCCCAGCAUGGUGCACGAUUACAUGCAGCCUCUUCCCACCGUCGCCGCUCUUCCACCGACACAAGCGACCUCGGCUAAUCUGUCUGUGACCUGGGAAGUGUCUUCUGAAGUGACCUCACCUGCAGUGAACUGCAGUGACAGCUUCCAGUGCGGAUCUGCGUCGUGUGUUUCCAAAGUGAACCCCGAGUGUGACGGAGUCGCCGACUGUCCCGACGACGCCGAUGAAAGAAACUGCGACUGCGGUCUGCGUCCAGCGCUCGGUCCCCAGAAGAUCGUGGGUGGAGUCACGGCUCGGAAAGGGGAGUGGCCUUGGAUCGGCAGUCUGCAGCAGCACAGACUUCACCGCUGCGGCGCCACGCUCAUCCACAAUAAGUGGUUACUGACUGCGGCGCACUGUUUGAAAAGUGACCCCAGCCCCACCAACUGGGCUGUGAGCCUUGGCUCGGUUCUGCGAUCCGGAGCCGGAGCUCUGGUCAUUCCCAUCCAAAGAGUGGUGGUUCAUCCGGACUUCAACGGCACCCGCAUGGAUCACGACGUGGCUCUGCUGGAGCUGGCCGUCCCGGCCCCCACGUCCUACACCAUCCAGACGGUGUGUCUGCCCUCACCCGUGCACCGCUUCCUGCAGAACGCAGAGUGCUACAUCGCAGGCUGGGGCUCCAUGAAGGAAGGAGGUUCUCUGACCAACCUGCUGCAGAAAGCUGAAGUGAAGAUCAUCGAGCAGGCCGACUGCCAGCUCUCCUAUGGAGACGCGCUGACUCCAAACAUGAUGUGUGCCGGGCUCAUGGAGGGAGGCAGAGACACCUGUUUGGGUGACUCUGGAGGCCCCCUGACGUGCCGUGACCUCUCCGGCCGGUGGUUCAUCGCCGGCGUGACCAGCUGGGGUCACGGGUGCGGACGAGUCGGCUUUCCAGGGGUUUACACUCGCGUGACAUCAGUCAGGAAGUGGAUAUCAAAAUACCUGCCCUUCUAAAGAAGGAAGGGAAAACCAAAACACACCCUCUGAGAGCUCAGAGAUUUGUCAUUUCCUCACAAACCGUACUGUACAAGGACUAAAGUCAUGGCAGAGGUCAGAGGUCAGCAUUUUCAGCUUAAGCUGCUGAAUUUGGGUGCUUUUUUUUUAACUUUUUAUCACAGUCAAAAGAUUACUACAAAUUUAGCCACCACAUUGCACAACUGAAAGUAUUUAUUACAUUUAUUUAUUGUCCUUUUCCAAAAAUGUAAUGUUAUUUUUUGUGUGGGUUUCUUAGUAAUCAUCAUUUAGUCACAGACUUGAAAGCAUUUACAGGUGAACAGAAACCUUCAAUGGAGAUGAAGACAUUAAGGCUCAUAGAAUAUAAAAAAAUAACCUCAGAAUUCACCUAAAAUGUACUUGCUUUUUAUGUGGCUAAAAUAUAAACUUCGGUUAUUUUUGGUGCUUUUUUGUGGUUAAAUAUUUCUUUUCUUUUGUGAUUUUUCAUCUGUAAUGUCCAUGAUAACCCUUAAAAAAAAUGACUUUUUUUCUCUUCAUCUGCCGGCUGAAAGGGGACCGAGUUUGGUCCAGAACUCUAAAAGCUGCAGCUCUGUUUGGAGGAAGCGGUGGAACAAGCCGCCCACUGUGGAGGCCGGGAUAUAGAGUGACACCUAGAGAACCUGUCAAACAGAACGGGUUUGUUCUCCGGCCGUAUUUUGAUAUCAGGCUGUCUGCAGGCUUGAGAAUGUCAAAACACGGAGAUACGCCCAAAUUCUUCCCGGUGACGACGAAAAAUGUUAUCUGGUUUUUGUACUCAAAUCUAUUUUUUAAUAAAUUUUAAUAUGUGAUCAAAAGUGAAAUGAGAAGCUGCCAUCUCCAAAAAAAGGGGGUUGGUGUCAAUAGUUGCAGAAGUUUGGUGUUUGGGCGACACAUUUUCAACACAAAGAAAACAUGUAUAAAAUUGAAUUUUAAAAAAGCAUUUUUACAGAGAACCUUGUAAGGAUUCAAUAAAUUCAUUUAAGGGAAAAA